GGGAGGAAAGGAUUUGGAGAUAUUUUACGACCCUCAAAACCUGCCUUUUUCAGUUCCUCCGAAUCGGUAGGUUUUAAGGGUUUAAGCACUCGGGUGGCUAUUUUAUCCUUCUCUGCUAUACAAACUUACGAUCGGAUAUGUACUCCUAUGCGUGAAAUUCUUCACACAUUGAACCCUAGCUAUCUGAUCUCCUGCCAAUCCUCAACUAUCUCCUUCGUACCUUCACCUUUCAUCCUCAGCUAUCUCAGGUUUGUUUUCUCUCUGGUUGAACGGUCCGUCCAAGCUGUUUUCGUAUUUCGUGAAAUUGGCUACAUUGUUGGGACUGAACUGAUUCGAACUUCUCGUAGAAUAUAGGAUUCGUUCAGAAUAAAGACAAUAAAAAAUGAAAGAGAAAGGGUGAGGGGGAAGAGGUAGAGGGAAGACAAUAGGUUUUGUCACUUAGCACUUGACGUAAAAGAAAGUCCGGGAAGGAAGACCGGGAUUGAAGCUGCUCUUGUAGCUAAUUUCUCUAGAAGUGACCUUAAUAGGGGAAGAUUGAUCGAACAACACUGCUAAUUUUUCAGCCUGGUUCUUAAACUGUUUAUAGUGCUCACACACUCCUUCACCAAUUUAGAAACCAAAUCAGAGGUGAAGAAGGGUUGUUGAAGAACUUUUUUUAUGAAAGGAAGGUGUAUCUUUGCCAAGCCUGUUUAGUUAAGAUUGCUGUAGUUUAUUAGAAGAAUCAUCUCCCCAUGAAAAUCGAUAAUGUCUUUCCAAUGUUCAUCAUUUUUUCCGUGUGAUAUGGCCCCUGGUUAUUAAUAACCGGUUUGCUCUGCAAAGGAAAUGCUACAUAUGAGCAGAAGCUCCUGAAUCAGGAAACCAUGGAGCAGGAGUAGUGUCACCGGGAGUAGUCAACAGAGCAGGAGACGUUGGUUGUGUGAAACGAGAAGGACAGUUAAUGGCAGAAUGACCUGCAGAAAAACAAAUUUGACAGACAACAGGGUGGGGAACAGAUCCAAGAAUACCUCCUUCUGAUGGCAAGCCUGUUUUACUACUGUUAGUAACACAGACAGGGAACACGAGAUCAUGGACUUUGGCUUCAGCAGUCUAAUCGGCCAACCUGUAUAGUUGCUUACUCCGAUGCAGAUUGGGUAGGUUGUCCUGAUAGUUCUCGGUCUACCACAGGUUUUGCUGUAUUUUUGGGCCCUAAUUUGGUUUCCUGGAAGGCUAAGAAGCAGCCCACUGUGUCCAAGUCCUCCACAGAAGCGGAAUAUCGUGCCAUUGCUUACACAGUACAAGACACACUACAUAUCCGCUCAGUCCUGUUCGAACUUGGAUGGCCUAUCUCCGAGCCGGUACAUUUAUUAUGUGAUAAUAUAUCUGCUUCUUACUUGACUGCAAAUCCAGUUCACCAUGCUCGAAGUAAACAUAUUCAGAUUGAUUAUCAUUUUGUUCGCGAACGGGUUGCUCAUGGAGAUCUGAUUGUUCAACAUGUUCCUACUCAUCUACAGCUGGCAGAUAUUUUUACUAAAAGUCUAUCUAGUCAACGUUUUCAUUUUUUGAAAGACAACCUGUGCGUUGUAUCUCCCGCACAGUUUGAGGGGGUGUAAUAGAAUUCUUAUAGGCUUAGUAUUGUACUUUACAUUAAACUCUCUCUAAUAUAAAUAUAUCUGUCAGGGCUCCUCAGGGAGUAACCUUUUCUAUUAUUUCACAGGUUUCAUGGUUCA